AUGAAUGUAAACAACCAGCAAAAAACUAUGUCAACUGUUGAACAUUUUCCUGAUGGAUCAAUUACUCAGAUUAUUUUCGAAAAUUUCCUGACUUAUGAACAUGUGGAAAUGUUUCCUGGUCCAAAUUUGAAUGUUAUUGUUGGACCAAAUGGGACAGGCAAAAGCACAAUUAUGUGUGGUUUAUGUCUGGCAGUGGGUGGUACUCCAAAUUUACUUGGACGAUCCGAAUUGUUAGCUGACUAUAUCAAGCAUGGUUCGGAGAAAGGAUCUGUUAAAGUCUUCAUGUAA